AUGGCGUCGAAUGUAACUGAAGAAGAGACAUUCCAAUGCUCGAAAUGCGUCGAAUCUUUGGAUUUGGCAUCAAAGACGUUGCCAUGUCUUCAUUCUUUCUGCAAAAGGUGUGUGGAGGAGAUUCUUGGAGGAAAUGGCCGGUGUCCCCAGUGCCAAGAACCUGCGACCGAUAAAGAGUUGAGACUGGCACCAUUUUUGGUAAAAUCUUUGAGGCGCCGUCAGCUGGAGUCCCGCCAACUGAAUUGUGAUACGUGUUCGGAAGACGGCAUGGAAUCGUCCUACCAAUUUUGGUGCCAGGACUGUCAGAAACUCUUGUGCCAGACUUGCGAGAGAUUUCAUAAGAAAUUCCACCCCAAACACGAGACCAAAGACUUGUCGGGUGUGUCGAGGGAGGAGGUCAUCCGGGUCAUCACGAUGGAGGACUGUCGACGGCACCGCCAAUCCAAGGACGUCUUUUGCGACCGGUGCAACGUGUUCAUGUGUGUCGCGUGUUACACUGAUCACGUGACCGCCUCCCCUCAGUGUCCGUCUCGUCCGCUCUCGGUGAGGGAGGUGGCGUCGAAGGGGAAAGAGGAGGGAGGCCCCACCCUGGAGCGGGAACUCCGCCAGUUUGAAAUCCACAUCCGGGCAACGAACGAGCGAACGAGGCGAUCCAUUGAAGAACUGUCAACGGAUUGCGAUUCGGAAUGCUAA